UUUUCACUUUCCAUAGUUUUGUUCCGCGCACCGGUGUGAUGCCCGCCGGGAUGUUCAGCAUAGACAGCAUCCUGUCCGGCCGGCCGAGCUGCAAGGAGCCGCUGCUGCUGCACCGGAGCGGCCCGGUGGUCCUGUCCGCCGGCCUCACGGACUCUAUCUACACCGACUACAACGGACUGUAUUCUGCCACAUGCGGGCCUUCUCCUCCCGGGGUUCAGUCUGUGAACGGGACCAGGAUAGGAUAUAACGGCUAUUACUACGGACAGCUGCACGUCCAGGGCGCCGGAGGAGCGCCGCCCUGCUGCGGCUCUGUGCCCGGCCUCAGCCCGCAGCAGUGCCCGUGCAUCCCUGCAGGCUACGACAGCCCGGGCUCGGUGUUGAUCUCUCCGGUCCCGCACCAGAUGAUGUCCUACAUGAACAUGGGCAGUCUGUCGCGGACUGAGCUGCAGCUCCUCAACCAGCUGCACUGCCGCAGGAAGCGGAGGCACCGCACCAUCUUCACCGACGAGCAGCUCGAGGCUCUGGAAGGCCUGUUCCAGGAGACCAAGUACCCGGACGUCGGAACCCGGGAGCAGCUGGCCCGCAAGGUCCACCUCCGGGAGGAGAAGGUCGAGGUUUGGUUCAAAAACAGACGCGCGAAGUGGAGGAGGCAGAAAAGGUCUUCAUCAGAGGAAUCAGAGAACUCUCAGAAAUGGAACAAAUCCACCAAAAUGUCCCCGGAGAAACCCGAGGAGGGUAAAAGCGAGGUGGACUCGGACAGCUGAUAAUAUAAUAUAUAUAUAUGUGUGUGUACAUAUAGUGGGAGGUGGUGUGGACUCGACGGCAUGCUGGUGGUGUGAUGUUGCACAGUUGUAAAUAUCUACAUUUUAUUAUUGAUUCUGUGUCCGCUAUUUAUGUUUAAUUUAAGUUUUUGUAAUGUUACGCACGCCAAGGCGCGUGCCACCGGAGGAUUGACUGACAGCUCUGAAUAUAUCGUAAUGCUAUAUGUGACAUUUUGUCGAUAUUAAAUGUAAUUGUGGUAUU